ACGGUCAAAAUGAGUACGUCGUGCCACGAAAUACAUUAACUGAAAUUGAAUCACGACUUUCUAUUACAGGCGCCGAGAGCACUACCGAUGUGGAGGAGGGAAGAGCACGACGGCGUGACACGGACCAGCUCAUAUUCCACGAAACCAAAGGCGACGUUCUGUUUGCCUGCAUUGUGCCCGUUAUACUCGGCUUCCUCGGCUUAGCGCUCAUCUUCGUCAUCAGCCGUCACGGAGGUAAAACCGAGGCUGCAGGUGAGCUCUGCAAGAACGGGAACUGCUUGCCCGACCGGAAGUUCCUGAUAUGCCGAAUGCGCAGCAAGGAUCUGUGGGAGGACGUGGUCUCUCCCGCAGCCCAGCUCUGCACGCAUCUAGUACUGACGCUCUGGGGAGACGACUUUGACGAGCGCGACCGAAGCCAGCAGGCAUUUUUCAAGUAUGCACUCAACCGUACGCGGCUCUACCUGACAGUGCAACCUGAGGAGUGUCCCAGAACGAGCCUCACCGACCUCUCGACCCGGUUCAUGUCCCUCCAUCUCGACGGAUUCGAAUUCUACAUGAAGGGAAACGAGAGCGCCGACGACGUGAAGGCGUGCUUCAAUCUCAUUGACCGAUUUGUUUCUUGGAAAGGCCCCAGCGCUGCCAUCCUGCGUAGCGGCCCUUACGGGACUCUGGUGAAACCCAAUGUGCUCGCCAACGUGUACCAACUGCACACCCCAGUCAACAACUCCGGCCAAAUACCCAACGCCAUCUUUGUCAAUAACUUAAAUUAUACAGAUUCGAGCCACGCAGCAGUCCGCACAGUUCGCAUAAAUGAAUUGCUUAUCCGCGCGCAGAAGGAAAGGGCCACCAGCAUCACCGAGGGAGCCCCCAACACUACAAACAUCUGCUACAGCUUGAGCUUCAUGGGGAUUCGCAUGGACACGCGGACGGUGGUCAAGUACUCUGAGGUGUGCGAAACGGUUCAGUGCUGCCUGGUCGACAAGUCGCACCAGCGCGACGACCGAAGUCGCUCGCUGGUCGCCACAGUGAUUAACCCGUUCCGGUACAAUGUGUCGUACGACGACGCCGACACGCUGGCCGAAAAGGUCAACGCGGUCACCUCGCUCACACGAGGCGCCCUCUGCAUCGCUGCCGAAGACGUGCAGGCCGACGACUUCGCCGGAAAGUGCAGCGGCCACAAGGCGCCUCUUCUCACCAAGGUGGCAGAACUGGCUCGUUGGCAUAAUAGCGCCUUCGUGGCCGCAACGAGCGGGAGCGGCGGCAAGACCGUCGUCGCAGGUUCCGCGGACGUCGUUCCGCUGCCCAAACCGGAAUUCCCUAUCGAAAUUUUCCUUUAGGAUUUCGCCGCCUGUUUGAUUUUUUUGUGUCUUCAAGUACGCAGCAGCCUACUUGCAAGAACACAUGUUUAUUGCCACUUGCAAUACAACGGAAAAGAACCACAAGGCACUUACGUGGCAGUCUUAUAUAGCUAUACAGUGCCACUAAUCAGUGACAUCACAGACACACACACACAAGCACGUGUUCAAGACUUCAGUGACGUCAGAGUGCCACUGCCGGUUCUAUCUAAGAGAUGAUGACACAACAAUUUUGACCAACGCGACACAUUUUAGUGAAACUGCACUGUUUUGUCCUUUUUUUAUUUGUAGUCUUGGUGGCAGUUUGGCACAUGUACUGCCAGCAUGAAGUGAAUUGCCAACAGCGCAGCGCGUGCCCAGAAGCUUAACUGGAGGCACGGGGCACGCCACCUGUAGGUCGGCCUGGUCGUUACCAGAAGCAGGCGCGCACACAUGGUUUGACCGCAGGGCGUUAGCAUGCUCAACCUGCUCUGAUAGUUCUUCUGUUUUCUUUUACUAUUGCGAUUAGCAGCGUUGCGCUACUUCAUCCACUUUUCGGGGUGCGCCACCGGGAGACUUCGUGGUGGCACCACUGAAUGACCCAGUGUGUGAAGAGGGAAGCUAGCGAGAGCAGCCAACGCCUCCUACGUAGCUAUCUAGGAAGCGUUGAAGCAGCCCGGCUGCAGACAAGCCUGAUACAUGA